GUUAAACGUCUGAUUUUUUUGUGAAAUUCAAGAUGCAAGACUUGCAGCAAAAUCAAGCGUCUAAUGAAGAACUUUUGAUUAAUGUAGAUUCAGUUCCUUUAGCGUUUCAAGGUGGUGAUAAUGAAAGGCAUCUUGAUGAAGCAAAUCAGCCUCAUUUUUCUGCCUCAACAAAAAAAAUAAAGAUCUUUAAGCAGCCUGAAAUGAUCUCAGUGAGGAUUCCUUAUCAUAGAAUUGCACCCUUAAAGGAAAAUUGGUCAAAAAUUUAUUCUCCAUUGGUGGAACAUUUAAAAUUACAAGUACGAAUGAAUUUAAAGAAUAAAACUAUUGAUUUACGGACAAGUAUUUAUACUGAACGGCCUGAAUCCCUUCAGAAAGGGUCAGAAUUUGUUAAAGCAUUUUCAAUGGGAUUUGAUGUAAAUGAUGCAAUUGCGAUGAUAAGAUUAGAUGAUAUUUAUAUUGAUACAUUUGAAAUCAAGGAUGUAAAAACAUUGCAAGGUCAACAUCUUUCUAGAGCUAUUGGUAGGAUUGUUGGAAAAGAUGGAAAAACGAAAUUUGCAAUUGAAAAUGCAACACGAACAAGACUCGUAAUUGCAGAUACUAAAAUUCAUAUUCUCGGUGCAUUUUUAAAUAUUAAUAUGGCUAGAAAUUCCGUAGUAAGUCUUAUUUUAGGAAGUCCUACGGGAAAAGUGUAUACAAAUCUCAGAAAUGUCUCUGCAAGAUUAAAAAAUAUGUUUUAACUACUAAUGAUACAAAUAUCGGUAUACAUAAUAGAAGUAUGUAUUUUAUAUAUAUGUUAUUUAUAACAUGAUCUAAUAACGCAUUUUUUAUUUUUAAAUUCAUAUAUACUGUAUAAAUAUAUAAAGUUUCUUUUUUUUUAGUACAAAAAAAGCUUCUAUAUGUGAUUUUUUUCUAUUAUAGAAUUCCGAAAUAGGUAUUUCUAGUUCAUCAUAAAUAUUUUUAGCAUAAAAUAUCAAUGAAAAUAAACUAUCUUUUUCGAUUAAUUCUAAACAUAAAUAGCUUGAAUUUUCCUGAAGUAAUUAAUAUUCUAUAGUAAUAAAACAAUAAUAACAUACUACUAAAGGGAGAUCUAUCACUAUUUUUGACUUUUCUGUAUUAUUUAAUUGGAGAAACUUUUCAACAGUAUAUACGGGUUUUGUUAACUUUGAUAUUUUAUUUUGAAUAUUAGUUUUAGCAGAAGAUAUAUAUGUAUUUUUAUUUAUAACAUCCUUUUUAUUUUCAAGUUUUCUCGAGAUAUUCUUUCCAAAACCUUCUAAAGGUAUAAUUUUAUUAGUGUUAGUUUCUUCUAUUUUUACUCCAGAAAUAUUAUCUACUUCUAAAAUACUUGGUUGUAAUUCUCCUUUUGCUUUCAUUUUCGGGAUAACAUAUUCUGAAUUACGUGAACAUUUUUAUCAAUAAUCAAGAAAAAAAAACCUCUAGAAAGAAUCAUUCCUGUUUUAUCUUCAACAAGCUCAAGACAUGUCUCAAUAAAAAAAAGACGGACAUUUGAAUCUUCUUUACAUAGUUCCAUAACAGAUGUAUUACAACAACAAUCAAUUACCAAGCAUUUUCUUCCAGCUAUUUUUAAUUAUUACAAACCUCAUUAGAAACAAUUAAAUAUACCCUUAUCUGCAUCCCAUCGUUCUAUACUUAUGACAACAGGUAUUUCCCAAUGCCAUCCUCUCAUUAUUUUUGGAAUAAUAUCGUAUCCUGCUUUAUCUUUUGGAGGAGUAACAUAAUCCGAAUGACAUAUGUUAAGAAAUACUUUUGUACCUUGAGGAAACCGUUUCUUAUUAUCACCUGUCUGUAUAGUUUUAACUACAAAACCGGGAAGAGGCAAAACAUAAAUCUCUUUAGUAUUUUUUUGAGACUUUCCACUCUGAGAAGGCAAUUCCAAAAGAUUAGACAUAUGUUUUUUAAAAUUUCUAUCCAUAAUUUUUUCCACCAUAGAAAAAUCACUAUUUUCCUUAUGAUCAUACUCCUCAUAUUUUUCAUGAUUAUUUGAUAUAAUAUUUAAGCUUUUUAAAG